UUUGGCUGGCCCAUGAAUUUGAAAAAGGCCCUCCUCCCAAUCCAUUCAUUCAUUCGCAGUUUCGCACUGGGAGUGAGAGCUCCUUUUCGUCUAACCAGCCAUCGAUUGCGUAACUUGCGUUACGAGAGGGUUCUGCCGCCUGCCACCGCCAACCCUACCCAACCCAGAUCAAUAUGCAAAGCUUAAGAGAUUCUAUAUUGAGGAAUUUAAGGGUUACGUUCUCGAGAAGACAGCUUAUCUUAGUGAAGGAUGUGAAUGCAACUGGCAGCCUCCACCAACAACUUUGCACGUCUGCUGGGUCCAGUCAUGAUCAGGUGACGGCUAGAGUGAUUGGACUGGUGAGGAAAUUUGACAAGAUUGAUGCUGCCAAGGUAACUGAAUCAGCUGAUUUUCAGAAAGAUUUGAGCCUUGACAGCCUGGAUAGGGUGGAGCUUGUCAUGGCUUUUGAACAAGAAUUUUCCAUUGAGAUCCCAGAUGAGCAAGCAGAUAAACUGAAAUGCUGUGCUGAUGUUACCAACUACAUCAAGUCAGUCCCAAAACAGGAGACUGCAUCUGAGGGUUCUUGAUGACUUGUUUGUCAUCUAGGAAUCACAUUUGAAUUCAAAUGUCUUUCUGACUUCUCGAUUAUAAGGUUUAAAAACCUUGUUGAAAUGUUUUUUUGUACAAAUAUCAAGUAUGCAGCCACAGAUGAUUUAAUUAUUGGC